UCACGUGCUCUUCCAAAUCAAUGUACCCACUUUAGCCUUAAAAGGUCCGCAUACUUUUUUAUCUUGCGGGGUUUUAUUAUUUUUAUUAUUUUUUCAGUCGCAAUUAACUCUGAAAUCUCGACUACCGGCGUCUCUCUCUCUCUCCCGAGCCUUCUCGUUCCUCACUUCCACCUGCUCCUGCCGCUCUGCUCCCCCUCGUCGCUUGCCAUGGCGGAUGGAAUUCCUUCUGCGGCUCCGGCCGUAGAUCCGCGGAGCGGCUUCUGCAGCGAAACCAAGACAUUCCACAGCCUCCGACGACCCGUCCCCCUGCCACCAGAUUCCGUCCCCUUGAAUGCUGCCUCCUUCUCCCUUUCUCUCAUCCCCUCCCCCCUCCCCGACCAACCGGCCAUAAUCGACGCCGCCACCGGAGCCUCCGUCUCCUACCCAGACCUCCUCGUCCGCAUCCGAAACCUCGCCUCCGCCCUCCGCUCUCGCGCCGGUCUCUCCAGGGGCCACGUCGCCUUCCUCAUCUCCCCUCCCGAGCUCGAUAUCCCCGUCCUCUACUUCGCCCUCCUCUCCAUCGGCGCCAUAGUCUCCCCAGCCAACCCCCUCAGCACUCAUGCCGAGAUUGCCCACCAAAUUCGCCUUUCCAACCCCUUCGUCGCCUUUGCCACCGCUGCCACUGCGUCCAAGCUUCCGCCCCAUAUCCCUACUAUCCUCCUCGACUCCCCGCGAUUCCAGUCCUUCUUCGACCCCAAUCCGGCACCGCUGCCUCCUGUGGAGAUACAGCAAUCGGACACCGCGGCGAUCCUCUAUUCGUCGGGGACGACGGGGCGUGUGAAGGGCGUAGCGCUAUCUCACCGCAACUUUGUCGCCCUGAUCGCAUCCUACCAUAGCGCGGCGCAAGAGGCGAAGGCGGAGGAGGUGGAGGCGUGGCCGCGGGUGACCCUCUUCACGGUCCCUCUCUUCCACGUGUUCGGAUACUUCAUGAUACUCCGCGAGGUGGUGCUGGGGGAUACGGUCGUGCUGAUGGAGCGGUUCGACUUCAGCGCCAUGCUCGCGGCGGUGGAGCGGUACCGAGUGAGCAUCAUGCCGGUGUCGCCGCCGCUGGUUCUGGCGAUGGCCAAGUCGGACGCUGUGGUCGGCCGAGAUCUCUCCUCCCUGAAGGUUCUGGGAUGCGGUGGCGCGCCGCUUGGUCGGGAGGUGUCGGAGAGCUUUGCUGCUCGCUUCCCGAGCGUCGAGAUUGUCCAGGGUUAUGGUUUGACGGAGUCAUCCGGUGGGAUUGUGAGAACGAACGAUCAGGAGGAGAACAGAAGGUAUGGUUCUACUGGGCGGAUAGCGGCGAACAUAGAGGCGAAAAUCGUGGACCCCACCACUGGGGAGUCGCUGGGACCCGGUCAGAGAGGAGAGCUUUGGGUUCGUGGGCCCACAAUCAUGAAAGGUUAUGUUGGCGAUGCUGAGGCAACUGCCUCCACAUUGGAUCCUGAAGGUUGGUUAAAGACGGGUGAUCUAUGCUAUUUUGACCAUGAUGGUUUUCUCUACAUUGUAGAUAGGUUAAAGGAGUUAAUCAAAUAUAAAGCAUAUCAGGUUCCGCCUGCUGAAUUGGAGCAAAUACUUCAUUCCCACCCAAAAAUUGUUGAUGCAGCUGUUGUUCCGUAUCCAGAUGAAGAAGCUGGACAGAUACCCUUGGCAUUUGUGGUUAGACAACCUGGAAGCACUAUAACUGAGGAAGAAGUUAUAGAUUUUGUCAGAAAACAGGUUGCACCAUAUAAGAAAGUCCGACGGGCUGUAUUUGUCAGUUCAAUACCAAAGUCGCCAGCAGGGAAGAUUUUGAGAAGGGAGCUUAUAAAUGCUCUUUCCUUAGCUAAAUCUAAGCUAUAACUAGUUGUUUUGAGCCUAUUAUGUUAGCAUACAACCGAACAUAUGUAUUUCAGCAGUUCUACACAUUCUAACUACUAAAAGUAGUAUCAACUGACUUCUUUGUUAGCGUUGAGUGUAACCAUUGUCCUUCCCUGUGUAACUGCGAUCGAUACUGAAUGCAUUGCUACUCUUGCUUGCUCGUUAGGGCAUCAUAUGAUGAUUGGGGUAGGCCACGAUAGUGAUGAGCCUAUAUAAAUUGUAAAAAUAGCCGGUUGUGGCACGUUUGAAAGGUUAGUGUUGUGCAAAAGGAUAUUCAUGUAACUUCAUAAUAAUAUGAUAUUGUUCAUUUUGGACCUA